AUGGAUUUCUUAUUGAGGCCAAUAGAUUCAAAGGAGUCUUCAGUAAUUAAUAUUCAGCCCCAACCAGGAUUUGUCGUAAAAUCCAAAUUGGAAUUUAGUAAAAAUAACUGUUUGAAGCUUAAAACCAAAACGCUUAUUAACAUAUGUCAUGAUGAACAGAUUCCAUGCCCUGAAGUAGAUUUCAACCCUAGUAUUGUCUACCCUUUAAUUAUGAACAACAAAUGGGAGAUACCUAUUGUUACAUCGUCUGUCAGAGAAGAUACAGAUAAGAAAGGUAAACUAUGUUAUGUCUGGGACUGUUGUGUCAACUCUAAGUGCAUGCAGUGGAUACGUAAGGAUUAUCAGCUGCGGGAAAUAUUGGUAGAAUGGUGUUUAGAAUCUUGUGAACUAAGACAAGAAGUUUCCAUAUCAAGGGAAGUCCUUACAUUUCCGAAGUUAAAAUCUAAGGGCCAUAUUCCACCAUUAGAAAUACUGGUGCAAGACUUAGAACAGGAUUUUAAAGAGGGAAAUGAGGAAACCGUGCAUGUGGGUCAAAGUAACCCAGCUUCAAUACUAAAGUUAAGAGGUUAUAUGCAAGAACAGGAAACUCUAUCUACAAGCAUGAAUGGAGACUCUUUACCACCAUUAUUCCCAAACAGCAGCACUGCUUCUAAAUAUAAACCACUAAUUGAAGAAAUUGACCUGCCAAACGUACAUAGAACUCUCAAUCGCGUACCUAAACGAAAAGAAAUUGAUUAUUCAAUCAUAAUGGGCAAGCCGAAGGACACAAGUGUUUACAAAAUUAAGAUAGAGAUUACCUCACCUCUACAACUAAGUUCGGAAUAUGCAUUACACUACGAUCCAAGUGAAAACGCUCUACUCAUAUCGCACACAAGAACAGAUAUAUACAUAGCCAAAGAAAUCAAGAUUCCAUUGCCUAACAUAUUUGCCACCACACCAACUAUAAAAUCCUUUUUCAUAAUGUGUGACGCGCGAUUAUUAAUCUUUCUAUGA